CCGGUCCCCUCAGACCAUUCGAGCUCCAUCCACAAAACCAUAGCAGACCCAGACAGAUCCUUUCCUGCCGAUACCAUAUAUAAGCCAGCAAAGUAUUAUAGCUCAAUCCCACGGGCCACAGCAGCCACCACAACCUCAGCUCACAUUAUCUCCUCAUCAGAAUCUUCACUCCACUCAUCAACUGCAAGCUGCAGCAAUAGCAGCCAUGGCAGCCCACGCUAUUCUCACGACAACCCCAUCUCACCACACUCUUCUUUCUCCACUCCCAACUAACCCUUCAAAACCACCAGCUCUACAAUCCUCAUUUCGUGGUGUAUCUCUCAAGCUUCAUCGUCAAUCCCUUUCCAUUGCUGCCGCUGUCCCCAAGAAGCCACUUUAUGUUUUCGCUGCUUCCAAGAAAGCAGUGGCUGUCCUUAAAGGUGAUUCCAAAGUUGAAGGCGUUGUUACGUUGACCCAAGAAGAUGAUGGUCCUACUACUGUGAAUGUUCGUGUUACCGGUCUUACUCCAGGGCUUCAUGGAUUCCACCUACAUGAGUAUGGUGACACAACAAAUGGAUGCAUGUCAACAGGAGCACAUUUCAAUCCUAACAAUAUGACACAUGGUGCUCCUGAGGACAAAGAACGCCAUGCGGGUGACCUGGGAAACAUAGUUGCUAAUGCUGAUGGAGUGGCAGAGGCAACAAUUGUGGACACACAGAUACCACUAAGUGGCCCCAAUGCAGUCAUUGGAAGAGCAUUAGUGGUUCAUGAGCUUGAGGAUGAUCUUGGAAAGGGUGGACAUGAACUUAGUCUAACCACUGGCAAUGCAGGCGGAAGAUUGGCAUGUGGUGUUGUCGGCUUGACUCCUAUAUGAAAUCUUUUUAUGACACCAGUUUGGUCUUGUGCUAUUAGUUUGUUGCUUGCUUUUGCCAGCUUUAUUUUUAGAACCGUAAGUUUCUUGAAAGGUUGAGAGGGUGUAAUAUGAGAAAGUUUUAGUCAAAUGACAUUUGCAGACCUUGAUCUUUGUCUGUCAUUAUUAUUCCCUACGCAAUAAAAACUUGCAUGGCUUGUGAAUGUGCCGAACUUUCUUCUUUGAGCUUAUGAAAUUUCAUGCUGCUGGUUAUAGGAAAUUCUGAUGCCUUGCCACAACCAAAUCUACGGGAAACUAGUAAAUUAGGCCUAGGACGCUAAUCAACUAUUCACUUGGGCUUAUAGAAAUAUCAAACAACUAUUCACCCGGCACUUUUCCUCUCUUUAGGGUCUAAGCGACCUCCCUCAUUACGAGUA